AUGGCUAACUUGAAGAAGCUAUUAGCUAUGUUUGCUCUUGUGAUGUUCCUGUCACAGCUCCGCGUCCAUGGUGUCUCCGUGUCUGUGGGCAGCAGCGCGAACGUUACUACAGAGACCAAACAUCUUCGCGGCAGGUGCCACAUCAGUGGCUUCCUGCAUGGCAAAUCCGACGACUGCAACAGGGAUCACGGCUCGGUCUGCUGUAAAGACGGUCACCGCUACCCGCAAUUCAGGUGCUCGCCCCCGGUGUCGGCCGACACGCCGGCGAUCCUAACUCUGAACAGCUUCGCACGAGGUGGAGACGGCGGCGGCAAAUCGUUCUGCGACAACCGCUUCCACAAGGACACCGAGCUGGUGGUGGCGCUGUCCACGGGGUGGCUGCGCCUGGACGGCAAGCGCAGGUGCAACAAGAUGAUCCGCAUCAACGGGAACGGGCGUGCCGUGCUGGCCAAGGUCGUCGAUGAGUGUGACUCGGUGUACGGCUGCGACGCCGAGCACAACUUCGAGCCACCGUGCCCAUACAACGACGUAGACGCGUCACCGGCCGUGUGGAAGGCGUUGAGGCUCAAGGAGGAGAUUGGAGUGUUCAAGAUCACUUGGUCUGAUGUGUGCCACAUCAGUGGCUUCCUGCAUGGAAAAUCCGGCGACUGCAACAGGGAUCACGGCUCGGUCUGCUGUAAAGACGGUCACCGCUACCCGCAAUUCAGGUGCUCACCCACGGUGUCGGCCGAUACGCCGGCGAUCCUAACUCUAAAUAGCUUCGCACGAGGUGGAGACGGUGGCGACAAAUCGUUCUGCGACAACCGCUUCCACAAGGACACCAAGCUGGUGGUGGCGCUGUCCACGGGGUGGCUGCGCCUGGACGGCAAGCGCAGGUGCAACAAGAUGAUUCGCAUCAACGGGAACGGGCGUGCCGUGCUGGCCAAGGUCGUCGAUGAGUGUGACUCGGUGUACGGCUGCGACGCCGAGCACAACUUCGAGCCACCGUGCCCAUACAACGACGUAGACGCGUCACCGGCCGUGUGGAAGGCGUUGAGGCUCAAGGAGGAGAUUGGAGUGUUCAAGAUCACUUGGUCUGAUGUGUGAGCUAUGCCAUUAAGGCCUUGCAUUAAGCUAUGUACACGCAGACAUGCGCAAACGUAGAUGUGUGCGUUGUUCUCUUGGUGGUGGAGUCGCUGCUAAUUAAAAUAAGCCACCACUCGCUUGUAUUUGAUAUUUUCACAACUUUAUGUAUUUGUCCUGUCUCGGUGCUAUAUUUACGAUUCACAUGUAUAUGAUAUUUUUCUUGAUUUAUGUAUUUACCUUGUUUCCGUGCUAUAUGUAUUAUUUAUGUGUAUUUAAAUUUUUUUUGAGGUUUAUGUAUUUGCCCAGUUUGGGUACAAUAUGAAAUGAAAUUGGCAAAUACAUCAAUUUUUAGUUCAACAAGACCUUGCAUAUAUGACUGAGUACACACACACACAAACACACACAGACUACCAUAUGUGAUGUUAUGCUGGUCAUAGACAUAUAUUUCACUAUUUAUACACAAAAACAUUGAAUUCUUCGGGCGGUAAAACUCGAUGCUUUUUGAGUUGUUCCUAGAAUCGGUUCUUUCAGUGCCUCCUGGAAAGAAACACCAGUAUUAAGAAAAGAGAUAACCCUAAACGAUGUGGAUGGAGAUGUUGAAAUUAAAAAGCGUUUUGAGUACCACGAAACAACAAAUUGCCAGUGAAUAUACAAAGGGAAACUCUAGUGCGUUACAUAUGUAAUAAUUUAAUCCAGUGGUGUAUUUACUUUGAUGUUGCCGAGCUACACCUUAAUCUUGGUGGAUUCCAUCCCAUAUGUAAUAUAAGAAAUUUGGAAACGUAUGUCACUCAUACGGAUAGUAUAAACUAGUUAGUUAGUUGCACUACUUUCCCGUGAAUUUCAUUCACUCGGUUAUUCACAAAUGACUAUUAGUGGAAGCUCCAUGCCAAAAUUCCAUUCAGUGAAACAAAGAAGGCGGCUCUUUAAAAAUAUUUGUUGCAUGCCCAGUUGUUAUAAGCCCGAAGGUUGCAGAACACCAACCAUCCGUUGGUUGCAAAACCAAAGAAAGAGACACAAUUAGUGCAAAAGAAAGUCAAAUUUAUUGCGAAAAAAAUUCCAAACUUUUGUGACUUAUUAAUAUCAUUAUUAUUUUCUAUGUGAGGUGUAUAUACACCCACGAACUAAAGGGUAUUUCCCAGCAGGGCAUGCUCUACCAUAUUUGAUGAUUUACAGGUUACAUACUUAUAUUUAUACCCAAUAAAAUAGAAUACAAAAUUCAUUUGAAUUCUAUGGGCGGUAAAAUACCGAGAUUUCUGAGUUUUUCCAAAAACGGAUUCUUUCGGUGCCUCCCAAAAAACACCUGGUAUGGAGAAGGGCGUGGAAGGUAGCUGCUGGAAUUACAAAGCGCUUUGAGUAACACCAAAUAGAAAAUUACAAGAAAAACUAGAUACAAGGUUAAUCACAAGUGAGUUACAUUUGUA